CUGAAGUGUCUUGGGAAGAUGUCCUCGCUGGUAGCCUAUGAUGACUCGGAGCCAGAGGAUGGUUCCUUGGAUCAAAAGGAGGAUGAAGCACUAGCUCCUGCCCAAACUGUGCCCUCUGUGCAUACCCAGGAAGCUGUGGGAUGUGUCAGCUCUAAAGUAAUGCCCAUGCCUGCACAUUUCGCCACUGGCCCUGCAGUUUUAGGAAAUCAUGAAGGUUUAUGGGAAAGAAGCAGUUCUUCACUGCAGCUUUCGUCUCAGCCGUGUGCCAACUGGGAGAGAGAAUAUGCCUGCGGAAGUGAGGAUAAAAAUGUAAGAGACAGUGCAUUUUCCCUGAUUCUACCUGCACCUCAGGCUCCUCCUUGCAUUCCAAAAAGCACCAGCGAUGGGGUGAACUCAGCAAAGAGACAGCUAACGGUCCGGCCUGGUGUCAGACCGUACAUCUCCAAAAGACAGAGACUCGCUUCUUCCUCAGAGAAAAUGAAUCCAAAGUACCCAUCAGAAGAUGUCCCAGGGAGUCUGAGCAGAGAAAGUCAACUUCUCAGUGAUGUGUCAGCGAGAGUAAAAGCAUAUCUUUCUGAAAAGCCCCGAGCAGCAGGGAUUCCCAGGAGGCUGCUAAUGAGCCUGGGAGGCCACCAGGGACCAGUCAACAAAGCGCAGUGGUGCCCUGUGCCUCAUCUCAGCCACCUGCUGCUCUCUGCCUCCAUGGACAGAACUUUUCAGGUUUGGGAUGGAGCAGAGAGUGGACGAUGCCUCAGGGUUUACACCUGCCACUCGGGAGCCGUGCGUGAUGCCUGUUGGACCCCCUGCGGGCGGCAGCUCCUCACCGGCUCAUUUGACAACACGGCUGUGAUCACCGACGUGGAGACGGGGCAGCCGACGGUGAAAUUGGACAAUCAGUUCAAGGUGAUGUGUGUGGUCCCGCACCCCAGCAGCCCGGAGGUGUUCCUGUGUGGAGGUUACAGCUCAGUGGUCAAAGCCUGGGACUCUCGCAGCUGCAAGGUGGUGAAAAUGUACAAAGCCUGCAUCCAGCAGACUUUGGACAUCCUCUUUCUGAGAGGUGGGCGGGAUUUCAUAACGAGCUCAGACUGUGUUAGCAGAGACUCUGCAGACCGUACCCUCAUAGCCUGGGACUACCAGACCACCGCCAAGCUCUCCAACCAGAUCUACCAAGAACGGUACACAUGCCCUAGCCUGGCUCUCCACCCACAAGAGGAGACCUUUGUGGCUCAGACCAACGGCAAUUACAUUGCAGUGUUCUCCUCCCAAACGCCCUAUAGAAUGAACAAGAGGCGACGAUUCGAAGGACACAAGGUGGAAGGAUAUGCUAUACAGUGUGACUUGUCUCUUGAUGGAAGUAUCCUGGCCUCGGGGAGCUCCACUGGCUCUGCUCACUUCUACGACUACCACAAUGCACGCAUGCUGCACACUCUCCAGGCCCACAGCCAGCCCUGCCUGUGUGUCUCUCAGCAUCCCGUCCUGCCAACAACUGUGGCCACCUGCGACUGGGGUGGUGAGAUCAAGAUCUGGGAGUGA